AUGCUUGGGAUGAAGAGACCCGUGAGCAGUGAAUGUUUGCUACCUUAUUACACUGCCCAUAGCUACCGAUCCAUGGGUGUGUUUAACACCUCCAUGGGAAACCUACAACGACAGCUGUACAAGGGAGGAGAGUAUGAUAUUUUCAAGUAUGCACCGAUGUUUGAGAGCGACUUUAUCCAGAUUAGCAAAAAAGGAGAGGUGAUUGAUGUUCACAACCGCGUCCGAAUGGUGACUGUGUGUAUCGCAUCUACCAGCCCGGUCCUUCCACUACCUGAUGUCAUGUUGCUGGCCCGACCAGCUAAAGUCUGUGAAGAACAUGCCAGACGGGCCAGGUUCAUCAAGGGGAGAUGUUACAAGCCUUCAAAGGCUUUAGAGCUCACCAGGCUGCUUCCUUUGAAGUUUGUCAAGAUCUCCAUUCAUGAUCAUGAGAAACAGCAGCUGCGCCUGAAACUUGCCACAGGCCGGACUUUUUACCUGCAGCUGUGUCCCUCCUCUGACGCACGAGAAGACCUCUUUUGUUAUUGGGAAAAGCUUGUCUAUCUCCUGAGGCCACCAAUGAACAAUUGCAUCAGUAACCCAACACUUACCACUGGCGACACAAGCAUUGACACCAAAAGUCCACUCGUCUCAGAGAUCCGUGGAGAAGGAGAUCGGGAUUCUAGGCUUCAAACAUCCCAAGAUGUGUCAGAAGCCACUUCUGCUGCAUUUGCAGGAGGAGAGAGAACACAACCACAACCGGCUGCUGCAGCUGUUGUUACUCCUGGACCUGCCAAAGCUGCAGCUACUGUUUCUCCAGGACCUGUCAAAGCGAGGCCACCAGGGGUGCCAGGGGUGCCAGGGGCAGCAGGGGCAGCAGGGGCAGCAGGGGCAGCAGGGGCAGCAGGGGCGCCAGGGGCGGCAGGGGCGGCAUGGGCGGCAGGGGCAGCAGGGGCAGCAAGGGCAGCAGGUGGCACCACGACUGCAGCAGUAACAGCCCCCCCAGCAGGUGUGGCAAAAGCAGGGACAGCUACCAGCCCGACCUCAGGUGUCAUAAGCAUGGCAGCAACAACAACCAAGUCUCCAGGCUCAGGCCAGUUAGCCACCAGCAUGGGAGGAACCGCCGCCAAAGAUCAAGUAGGAAUUGAAUCCAGCAAGGCCAUGGCAGUUGUUGCAAACAUAACCUCAGAAGGUGUAGACGUGAUCUUGGCAGGAGCUGCCAGCUCUGCUCCGGAGUCCACUUCUGCAGCGGGUGACGCUGGUGGCUCCCCAGACACCAGCCUGAAUGUGGCAUUUGCAGGCAGCAUGACCACCAAGGGGCCUGCUGAGGAUAAACCUGAAGCUCCCCUCGUGUCGACCUUGAAGAGUGAAGGCUACAUGUGUGAAAGGGAUGGGAGCCAGAAGGUUUCCCACACUAGCUCUGAAGCACAUAAGGAAAAGAGAGAGAGACGAGAAAAGAACAGAAAGACUAGCAGGAAAAGUUCCCAUCACCGCAGGACAAGUCGCCACAGUUCAAGCAAGGACAAGAGCCGGAAAGGAUCUUCCUACCGGUCUGUAUCGAGCCACCGGAAAACAAGAGAGGACAAAAAGGGAAAAGAACGCGGUAACUUAAGGAGCAAGAGACAUAGCUCCUCUUACAGAAGCGAGUCCAGGACUGGUCACAAAUCCAGGAAGAACCGACCACCAGCUAACACAGGUUCUGUGACUAAGAAAGCCACUAAGAUUAGAUCUUUUUUCAGGAGCCUCCUAGUAAGGCCUACUUCAAAACCAGGGGACAACUCAUGUGAUAGAGGAGGGGUAGACAUUGUGACAAAGUUGGUGGAGAAGCAGGACAUAGAGACAACAGUGGAGAAAAGCAAGGAUUUAGAGUUCAACGACACCAUAAUCUCUGAGACAAUGGAGAAGAUCAUUCUUGAAACCAAAUCUAUUUAA